AUCUGAGGUUACCCCGCCUCUCGUUGAGGGCCAGCCAGACAUCCCUUCACUGACCCUCGCACCCCGCGGAUUUAUUCUAAGGCAAAGUACCGCCAAGGCGUCGACGUCUUGUAUUACACAACAAAUAACGAUUUAUACAGCCACGGAGAAAAGAAAAAGCAAGACUGGGAACUGAAUACUGGCGCUGCAGACAGAAGAACGACUCAUGGCGCAGCACGGCGCGCACUCCAUGUGCAGCAGCUGCACAGCCGUUGUGUGGCGCAGUAAGACGACUGGUUGCUAGGCGGCUAGCCGAUGCGCGGGGAGAGAGCGAGACCAGAGCGUGUGGGCUCGCCGAGACUGCGCUCAGUAUGCGUUUCUCACGCGCGUCCGCGGCCGGCUGCCUGCGUCCAACCUCGCAUCAAAAAUUUGUCCCUGAACCUCGGUCUGCGUGUGAGCGAUAAUAGUUCAGAUGUUUCGUCGUUAGAAACCCUCCGAAUCUUGGGCAGCAGGAGUUUGAACACAGCGACAGUUAACAGAAAGUGAAUCACACUGACAUCAAAGUGAAGCUGCGUUCCAGCAGCUGCAGUCUCGACCGCCACAACAUGCAAGGCUGAAGGUGUGGGUGUGUGGGGGUGGGUGCGGCGCUGAGGGCAUCGCUGGCGCCGCCUGGCGACGACAACAAGCAGCAGCACCAGUACCGAGCACUCGCCUCGCUGUCCUCGCUUCCUCGCAUCGUAGUCAUGGCAGCGCCUGCCUGCUGGCUUUUAGCACUCUUGUUACCGCUGGGUACAGCUCAACAGGCGUCAUCUACUGAGCCCUACUCCAGUACACCUAUUCUUCCUUCAAGUCCGUCUGCAGUAUCAGAGGAAUGGGUGAAUACCGAAAUACCAGGGGCGCCAAUCGCUUUGAUGAUGACGACUGCAGCAAUCCACUCCACUGGUGUGGUCUUAUCAUUCACAGGAUCAACAUCAGUGGUUUCAGCUCCUCGGACACCAGUAGCAACUCUUGCUCAGCGGACAGAGAUCCCAGCUAGUCGCUAUGAGAGACCCUCGCGGGUCCGGUCACAAAUCGUGACGACAGGACAGUCGGACAUGGCAUUUCCAGCAGCGACCGGAAAUUCCGACAUCAUUGUUUCGGUUUCCUCUCCUGAAGGUUAUGUUGAAAUAAUUCAUUCGACAAGCACGCAGGUGUUGAACGAACCUGAUGUAGUUACUUUGCGCAGCAUCUCCCCGUGGCAGUCGGCCGCGAUGACUUCCAGUCCGGAACCGACGAUGGGAGGAGCCUCAGACAUAAGCCCCAAGGCAGGCUCACUUCAUCAAACGUCCACCGGUCAUCGACGGCUGAAGUGUCGAGGGUUCUUAGUCGGUCCACGGCUGCGUCCGUUUUGGCUGUGCGAUCGUCCGAGACAUUGCCGUCUACUGCAAUGAUGUCCUCGUUGGCCGAGGACCAGACGCAGGCUUCUGAGGUUUCCACUUUGGAUGAAGGCUGCACGUCGACGUGUCACCCCAAGAUCGCUCUUGCAACUUCAGCAACACCGUUGACGUCAUCAGCACACCUAAUCACCCGUCCUCAACCGACCGUGUUUGUAACAUCUAUGCCAGCACAGAUUUCAGCCACCCGUAUGACUGAUUCAGCCACAGCUGUUUCUGAAAGUCUUUCAAUAAUCAGUGUAGCAGCAGCUGCUGCAGCAGUAGCACCCACGUCCUCACGGAGCCCUCCCUUCUCUCAUUCUCAGACCCUCCUCGAACAUCUUUCCUCAUCUCUGCGUCAGUCUUCUGAAGUUUCUGCCUCAUUCUCCUCUACACCCGUGAUGGAAUUUCUUCCUUCUGUGGGCCCUUCGGCGCUCCAUUCCAAUCUGUUUGUGCAGGCAUCGUCUCGUCGGGCGUUCGAUGUGCACCCAUCUUCCCAGGAAUCACCACGUGUUACGUUACAGACAACUCUACCGCCAUUAAUGGAAGAUUCUAGCUCGCGAGCUUAUUCCCAGACGCGCACUGCUUCCAGUGACGUUGCUUAUUCUGCGUCGACAACGAGCGAAGCUUUAAGACCAGCCACACGUGUUGCCCAACUAACCGCGCCACCUGCAUCAGCAGCAACCAUUAUGCUGGAGCCGAGUGCCAGCACAUUCAUGUUAUCCUCAACACCAGUCCGCGGAGAGUCCACCGUUAGUACGACAGUCAUCUCAGCAACCCAAAGCGUGAUGUCACCUGCUGCCUCAGAAACCCCAUCUUCUGCUUUUGGCAUCUCGCCAAAUGUCACCCCCUCAGCUAAGACUUCCACGGCUUCGACCACCACGACAACCUCCAUCCCCACCACAGCCACCACCUUACCCAGCCCAACUGCAACCAAUAGAAGCGUCACUGCAGCAGCCUCAACUGCCAGUACCGCGGCUGGUACAAGGGUACCCCCCACUGUCGUCGGCAAUACCAGCAGAGCUGUAGUUACCAGAAACGUCACCCUGACGACCACCCACCCACGGCACCCGGCCACCCGGACCGUGAUCAGAGACGCGCGCUACCUCUUCAAGCUGUCUGGCGACUGCCACUUGAUCGUCAACAACACCGAGUACUUCGAGCGCUUCCUGGCAGGGUUCCACGACCUGCUGACCAAGCAUCUGCACAUUCGCGAGGAGGCCUACAAGCUCGGUGACAUCACCUGCGGCUCGGUCCACGUCUACGUCACCUUCCUGCACGUGCCUAUGCCACACUUCGACGCUGUUCUGCAGGCAGCUGUCCGUACAGGAGGGGAGGAACUGGUGGUCCCCGUUUGGAUGGAGAGUCACUUUGUGACGUUCCAGCUCGUGCAUGUGCAAGAAGUGGCCUUCAAGUCGACGGUGGAGACUUACAACAUCGUCAACGAGGUCAUGGACGAGGUGGAUGUCAUCGUCAUCGUCGUCGCCUGCUGCGUAUGCGCCGUGCUGGUGGCCAUCGGGGUGGCCAUCUGCGUCAAGGAGUGCUACCGCCGCAAGCACGCGCAGUCCUUCGAUCUGCUGGAGGUGCCGCAUGUCAAUCUCAAGCUGGAGGAUUUCACCCUGACCCGCAUCCCGCGACCCCGUCCUGUCUACACGGAGAGCGCCGGGGUGAAGGUGAAGGUGAAAGCUGAGGCCAGCUGCCUAAACGGCUCUUCUGAUGCGCACUACGUAAGCGCAGGCAGCUGCAAACCCGCUUGCGUCAUCAACCCGGAGAACAUCCACGUACGGAUGGCCUCAAGUAGUGAAGGCCUUGUGGUUGGCAUCACGUGCCACCCUUCUGCAGUGACCGGAUGUCAGGUUGACCCACACCUCAGCGGAACCUCCCGCAAGAGCAAAAGCAAGAACAGGUCAGGUGACAAACACUGCGACGAGGACGACGAGGACCACCAGGCGAGCGAGAAACUCCUGGGCAGCCUUUGCCAUGGUGGUGCGGAUGGGACCGCGAACCCUGUGUUUGUUGAUGAGCCAGAGGAAGGUGCGAGGGACUCCGACUGUGGGGAGGAAAGUGAUUGAGUCAUUCCGGUGUUGACAGAGUUAAUGCUGCUUGCCAGAAACUGUUGAAGGUAACAGUUUCAUACGUGCUUUUUCGUUUUGUUCUGUGUUGGCUUGCAUCCGGUAGGCACACUUUUCAACUCUGUGUGAAAUUCAAUAAAGAUGGAUUAACACCACACAAAAUAAGCUUUAAGAGUAAAAUGUUUAGCCUAUCACUAAUACAUAUAUCAGGCGAUUGUUUCAGAGCACGCUCCACGAAACUGGAGUUGUCUUAAUAGCAUCAUAAAUCUGCUGUAUUCUUUUAUAUCUUUUUCUGUCAAUAUGUGUAGACAUUACUGUAAAAUAAAAUUCUGUGGUAAUUGUAUUGUCUGUUAAGUUUUGCCCAAUGUUCGUUACAUAGCACGACAGGUAUCAAAAAUCAUUUACAUGACAAAGUACAGCUUUAGGGAAGAGCAGUAUUUGACUUUCAAUGUGUUUCAGUGUGUAAUCACAGAAUAACACCAGCUGGAUUCUGGUGUGAAACUAUUGAAAUGUCUUCAUGUGUCAUGUCUCUCAGAAAUCUUGUCAAAUUAUGUAUUAUUUUAAAAUAUUGUCACACCCAAAAUCACAACCUUUUCCAGUUAUAAGUUUGUGGUGCUUUCAUGAUGUUAGUUUGGAGAAAAUGAGACUUUAAAAGCCAUGUUUUUUAUGUUUCAUCAAUAACUGUUUCAUUGCCUGUUAUUAAGCAGCUUAAUUUUUAAAAAGUUAUAACUUUUUUGCCCAUGGUGAGAGGGAGAGGUCCUUGUUUUUUAUCCAACUUCUGACAAGGAUUGCAUGCCUAGCUUGUACUAGACUAACAGGCCAGUCAGCCAAUAACCUUUCUCCGCAAUGAUGCAACACAUCCACCUCACUGACCCACGCUAGGUUCAUGCAUUACUCAUGAUGGAUAGGGGUGAAAUAAGUAUUUAGACCAGUCUGUAUGCGGAUUACAAGCUCAACAUGAAUUUGGACCCAGUUCAUUGGAAGCGUGACUGGCUUUUUGAUUGGCAAUGGUUUCGUGACCACUUUCACAAGUUUGUAAAAUUUUACAUUGUAAAAAUAUUCCAUUGUAUGUCCCCUGAAUAUAUGUUUAUAUAUAUAUGCCAAAUGUCAUUCAAGCUUAUGAAUAAACUGUUAUUUUGAAAGAGGUGAUGUGUCCCUUUGCCUUUCAUGUUCUCCUUCCUUUACUUCUGGCAGUUGUUUUCACAAAACAAAUUCUAAUCUUUAAGCUAUUCUUUGCCACACUGCAUGCAAUUCAUCAGUCAUUAUUUAGAAGAAAGAUUGGCAGAUAUCAACUAGGUGGAAUGCAACACAGAAAACUAGUGUUUGUUGCUGCUGUUCGUUUAUAGUAGAAUUAUGAAUGGAUAACUAUUCUGUCAUCAUUUUUCCACAGAAUUCUCAGAAGAUAAAUUGUUGGUGUUUACACCAAUUCCGCAUUGUAAACAGGUGCAACAUGCAGAAAGAAUUUGUGCAUGACAGAGCAUGAUCUGAACCCACUAUCAAACAAUCCCCACUGUCUUCAAGCAUUGCACCAUCAGACCAAGAAUUUCAGAUGAAACUGUAUGGAAAAAGGAACUGGACAGGUUUUUUUUGGCAGAAAAAAAUUUACUAAUUAAAAUUUAGGUAACAUUUUCAAAUUAAGUUGCACAUUCCCCAUCUGUUAUUCAUGAUGGUGGAAGAAUUUUUCUUAAAAUAAGUUCAUGAUUAUUAAUGCACUGAUCCCAGAUCACAAAUACAAUUGUCAUAGGAACUUUGAUUACUCCACAUUAAUGUAAAUGCUCUCAGAACACUACAGUAAAACUGCACCCAGCGAAUUCAAGUUGUAUAGGUGUAUACUGUUACUUUCUUGUCUGUAUGCUGUUAUUUUCUCACCUGAACUCCAUUAGUUGAGUGACACAUUUACCUCCUUUAAUAUGUCACUGAAGCAAAACACGCUGUUACGUACCAUAUUUAAUUCUUUUAGGAGAUUCAAACCCUCCACGAGCAUAAAAUCCUGAUUUUCUUUCCAGGGAUUAUCAGUAUAUAAAGUUUUUAAAAAACUGUUUACUUUUGUUUAGUUAAAAAAAAAAAAAGGCAAAGACAGACAUUGCUGCAUGUAGCAUGACUGAUUUACAUUUGCACCAAACUGAUUGAAAGAAUGAACCUUGUUUGCAACUUUAUUCCCAAGGGUUCAGUGCACAAUUGCACUAACUGGAUGACAAGAUCUAGAGGUCGUCAAAAAUAAUACCAUUUUCUAAACAUUUAGCGGACAGCCUGGCCUUAGCAUCCAGAUAAUACCCUGGUACUGGGUGAAGUCGCACUUUUUAUUUUGCACGCUGGUCACAAUUUUCGUAUUUGGAGCAUGAGCUACUUGUGGUAGGCAUAAAUUUCACAAAGCAAUGGUCAUUACAACAAUGCUGUUUUAAUAAUAGUUUGGUUUUUUUAAUGUCUUUUGUCUCCCAGCCUGCUUGUGUGAUCAUUUAAAGUGUUCAUAUUUAUGCCAAUGUAUGAUUAUUGUAAAUGUGAAAGAUUAAAUAAUCAUUAAUAAUUUAAAUAACACUGCCUAAUCAGUUACAUAAUAUUUUUUUUUUAAUUUUAAAUUUGCCAUGCAAACAUAACUAAGUAAAUGACUAAGUAAAAUCAUGGAAAUAUUUUUGUGUGAAGAAUUAUGUUAAGUAUGUAUGCAUGCAUGUAACUGAAAUAAAUUAAGCUUGAUGGAUUAAGACUACUUCUUCAGCAGUGAUUUCUCGGGACUUAUUCUGACCAAUACUAUUGCUGACACUAAUCAUUUUUAAAAGACUUUUAGUGCUCCUGCAUUACUACUUUUGCUAUAAUAUAGCUUUAACUGUCAGUAAUUUCAUUUACAUCAAUCACAUUAGAAGAUGUCAAAACCCCUAAAAAAAUUAAUAUUUUAAUUAUACAUUUUGGCACAUGCAACUUAACACACUGAUAAAACGACCAUGCCAGUUUAAUAGACAAUUGUCCUUGAAAACAAUGUUUUCAUUAAACACAAAUGAAAAAGCCAGCUUAAUCUUUACUCAUAUUUUCCUUUUUAGGAAAGAAGUAAAUAAACAUUAGUAAUAAGUAACUGCAUGUAUUAAAACCUGUUUUCGCAAGUUUAUUAAAAAAUGCAAAAACAUGUAUUAUCUUACAGUAACCUUAUAAACUUUCGCAUGAAUAAUACUUCUAUUUUGUUAUUUCAUUGCUGAUCUGCGCAUAUGGCUGUGAGAUAACUAAGUUAUCUGUCAAAUAAAAUAGGUAAAAGGGAGGCAACCUGAACCUAACACCUGCCAUUAUCUUUGUAGUUACAAUAUUCAAGGGAAAAAAGUAUGUUUAAGUGGUUUACAAUUAUUGAAUACAAACUUUGGGCUCCAAGAUUACAAAGCAGUAAAACAAAAUAUAUUGCUGACUUCAAACCAGAAGAAACUGAAAAAUUUCAGUUUGAAAAGGUGUUUAAACAUUCCUCUAACGUUGUGCAAAGCACAAGACACAAACUAUCAGUCCAUAAUAAUAAACCAAAAAAGUGGAAAUGUAAGUGUACAAAGGACAGGAAAUGAAAUUAUAGGUAAUGUAAAGCAUCCAAUGCAAAUAAAAGAAUACUGUUUGCAAAAGACUGUCGUUAUAUUAGCAUACUGUACAUAAAUGAUAAUAGAAUAAGGAAAAUGUCAUGUUAAAAAUCACAGGAAAUAACAGACAGUACUUUCACCUUUCCACCCUACUCUUAUUUUCAGAAAAACUGUACACUAAUGUCACUUGCAAAACUUUUUUUUUUGUGUGUGUGUAAAACCUACAAAAACAUAAAACUUACACUACUAUAAGAACUUGUUUGUGAAAUACAGCAUCUUCAACACACCAUCACAGGUACUCUUAGAUGACAUAAUAAUGUUCUAUCAAAAAUGCAGGAUGCUCUUUUACUUCAAAAAAAUACAACUGUCUUCUUGUGGAACUUAUAAUACUUUCAGGUAAUCAUAGAAACUUCAAAGCAUACAACAGUUACAACAAGUUGAAACGCAACAAAAACGUGACACAUUAAGUAUGGCUGGGACAUCCACCUGAAUACAAGCCAAAAGGCCAACACAAACAAGGUAGGUCUUAAAAAUAUGUAUGGACCACUCCUUGAUCACAAGACCCUAAAGCAUAUGAACUGUAAAGCCGAGGACAAUUACACAAAUCUUAGUGCCAUAGACAGUGUUUCAAAUUCAUUAGCAUAAUACUGGAACAAGAAAAAAAUAGCAGCAAAUAGAAAAUUAAAAUGGCAGUGUGCUAUGAGCAUUUUUAGGCAUAAUAUCAUGUGGCUGAAAAACAUCAACAAAUCAACAGGUUCUACUGCCACAUAAAAAGACAGGCUGUGGAAGUGGAUAAACAUGAAUGUGGAUUGCAAUACCAAAUAAAUGCAGACUUCCACUAUUCACUGUGAAGAAAAUCCACAUGACUAGCUAAAAUU